GAGAGAAAAGACCCUCGUUUUUGUCUUCUGGCGCAGGGCUUUUAGGGCUCAGUGUUAAAAAGAAGAGAGAGAGAGAAAGAGAGAGUUGUGACAUACCCACUUCCUAUCAUUAGGAUUUGUGAGCUGAGCUUCAGAACUUGAAAACUCUCACCUUCUGCCUGGAGCUGGCUGCUCUCAAGAAGUGAGAUGAGUUUGAACAGGAGGUGUGUAGCAAAUGAAACAUAUGAAGCUGUUGCAUGACAAUUCUCAUUCACAUUACAAGACAGAGAAUCAUCCUGCCAUGACAGAAUCUACAAUAUAAAAGAGAUCGUUGGUGGGCAGGUCAGGCUCCUAUCUCAUUAUGUUCCGUACCAGUCUACUGCCCUUGACGUUCUGCAUCCUACUGACCUUCUUCACAUGGUUGUAUUGGAGUGUUGAUGCUUUUGGGAUCAAACACUGUAUCCUAUCCCCAAACAGGACAGGCCUUGCUGUCUGUACUGGCCAUGCCAUCUUCAACCUGAGUUCCGUCACCUCUCAUCUGCCCAACUCCACUCGUUGGCUCAACGCCUCCAACAACGUUGUGAAGGAUCUUAGUUCUUCAGACUUCUCCCAUCUUCCUCAAUUGUUAGAACUUUCUCUCGACCAUAACUACAUCUCAGGCAUUGAGUCUGAUACUUUUCAAAACCUGUGGAAGUUGGAGGUACUUGAUUUGAGCUGGAACCGAUUGACCUCGGUGGACCUCUCCAUGUUCAGCAACCUGAGGAACCUACGUGAGCUCCAUCUGGGUCACAACAAAAUAGCCACCUUGCAGCCUAGCUCCCUCCUGUCCCAAUUAGCACUCCAGGAACUUCAUCUCUCCUCCAACAAUCUCUCCAGUCUGGAGGAGGUAGCCACAGCUGUUGCAGGUUUGCUCAACCUUACUUUCCUGGAUCUCAGUUUAAAUCACAUAUCUGCACCAUGCAUGGGCCCCAGUUGGAUCACUUUUCCUGUCCUGAGAAAUCUUAUUUUAAACAACAAUAGCAUUUCUAGGCUGGAUUUGUCCAACUGCUCUUUUCCCAGUCUUCAGCACCUGAACCUAACCUGCAACAAUAUAUCAAAAGUGGAGCCUGUAUCAUUUCGAGCUACACCUGCUUUGGUGGAGUUGGCCUUGGACGUGAACCCCUUACACAUUUCCCAACUUUUCAAUGUGUCGCUUCCUAACCUGACUACAUUGCAUUUAUCCAGUAUGAACCCAUCACUAAACACCUCCCUGCCUGAAGCUUGCUUGGUGUUCCAAAGUCUCCCAUCUUUGACCUCUUUGGACAUCAAGCAUUCCAAGAUGAGUGCAUCUCAACUGAAGCUACUGGGUUCCUGCACUAACCUUACCUGGUUGGAUUUAUCUACCACAGAGUAUAAAUAUUUAAAAAAUGGGACCUUCAGUACAUUUCAGAACUUGGAGUUCCUCUCACUAGAGAAAUGCAAGGUCCUGAAACUCAGUUCUAGUGCUUGGGGGGAGGGGAUGAAGCUCCGUACGCUGAUUCUGAAGAGAAAUGGUAUCGGUCAAUUGGAGGAUGAUGGCUUCAUUAAACUAAGAAACCUGAGCUACUUGGAUCUAUCAAAGAAUCACUUGACCAACAUCUUUCAGAAACACUUUUUUGGCAUGGAAGCACUGCGGACGCUUAUCCUGCAGGGCUGCCAGAUUACGGCUGUUACCCGUGACACCUUCCAUUAUGCUCGUAAAAUGGAGUAUUUGGACCUGAGGGAUAACAGCAUUAAAUUAAUCAAGGAUCGUGCCUUUUUGCUCAAGCAUGUGAAGACACUCCUGCUUUCAGGGAACAAAAUCCUCACAAUUAAAAAAAAUGGCCUUCUGAGUCUCAACUCCCUGACAUACCUCUACCUGGAUCAUAACUUACUUUAUAAACUAUCUUGGAAAAUCUUUUCCUUUCUAAAAAAACUGGAAGUCUUGGACCUCAGUCACAACUGCCUAUUUACUUACAACAAAUAUGAUUAUCCAAGUCCGUUUGCUGGCCUCUCUUCCCUUCGCAAGCUGGAUCUUAGUUUUCAGACUCCUGAUUUACCCAUCCAUCCCUCAGCCAAAUACUUUGAUGGCCUGGGGAAUCUUCAGUACCUUUCUCUGAAGGGCAACACAGAUACCUUGCUCCUUAACCUCUCUUUGGUCAGUCUGACUAGCUUGGAGUCCCUAGACCUUUCUGAAAUUCAGCCAGGGAAGAGUGGCUCCUGGAAGCCCCAUCGAAGUAACUUCCAAGGUCUGAGUAAACUACAUCAGCUUUGGAUAGAAGGAAGUGCCAUCAGGGAUCUGCCUGAAGCGGUCUUUAGUGAUCUGGCCUCUCUGAAGGAGCUUUAUCUGAGUAAAAAUGACUUGAGGAACAUCAGCAAAAAGGUGUUCGUGGGACUCUCCUCCUUAAAGUAUCUAGAUCUCUCUGAGAAUCCCCUGACAUGUUCCUGUGAGAACGCCUGGUUUCAAAACUGGUCUAUAUCUGAACCAAAUAUCCAAGUGGCCUUGUUGAACUCCUAUCAUUGCUUUGGCCCUGGUGUGACUGACCGUCUCUUUGUUGAUGAAGACAUGUCCUUCUGCUUUGAGGAUUUGGGAAUUUAUUUCUUUCUCUCUACCAUUGUGUUCACUCUGUUGUUCCUGGUUUCAACUUUGGUCUAUGCCAAGUUUGGCUGGACCCUCAGGCAUGCUUAUUAUCUGCUGAGGGGAUGGGGCUACAGACAACUGCGCCAGAAAGGCCAGAUUUAUCAGUAUGAUGCCUAUAUCUCUUGUUGUGGCCAGGACUAUGAAUGGGUGGUGAAGAAUAUUCUGGAAAAGCUGGAGAAUGAAGGAGAACCUUUCUUCCGGCUCUGCUUUGGGCCUAGAGAUUUUGCCCCUGGAGAAUAUUACAUCAACAAUGUACAGAAUGGAAUAAGCCAAAGCCAUAAGACUCUUUGCUUGGUUAGCAGAAAUUACUUGGAGGAUGAAUGGUGUUCCCUGGAAAUCCAACUGGCUUGUUCUAAGAUCUACUACCAUGGACAAGAUCCUCUGGUUGUGGUCUUUAUGGAGGAAAUCCCUCAUUACAAAUUGUCUCCCUUCCAUCGCUUGAGGAAACUAGUUAAACACGAGAGCUAUCUCACUUGGCCUGAGGAGCCAGAGGCUGAAAAUGUGUUUUGGACCAAACUACGUGAGGCUUUGAGCUCUGGAAAAGAAGAAGAGAGGCUCAUAGAAUUCAAUGUUGUUGAGUAGCUGAUGACAUAGAAGGAAAGCACCCCAGCAGAUCUUGCUGGCAUGAGUUGAUCUGGAUUGAAGUGAAGCAGAUGGGAACACUGAUCGUUCAGUCGCUACUACGAGCUCUGUAUCCCAUGGCAUGGAUGCAUCAGUAUUUUUUAAAUGGUGUUUUAUCAAUGGGCCUGUGAUACAGGAACCUGUGAGGCACAUGUUUGAUUUCCAGGAAGGUACAAUAUUCUGAGGAAAACUGUAUUGGGAAAAAAUGUUGUUACUUAAUGUGUUAAAUCACACUAGAGUAGGCCCAUUGAAUCAAAGGUGAUUUGGUGAAUCAAUUCCUCUGUAAAUUCCAUAGAAUCAAAUGCAUGUACUUUACCGUCAGCUAUCAUAAUAAGCAAUAGGAUUUUAGACACUUAAGAGUAGUAAAUGAAUGCUUAACAAAUCACAAAAGAAAAUUAUGAUUUUACAUUUAAAAAAUCCUUCAGAGUUGAAUCAAUAUGAUUUUUAAGGUUAUAAGCCUCUUUUCAAUAUUUAUUGUUUUUAAUAUAAGUACUGUACUCUACAGUGACUUAAUGGGCUUUUUGAAAAUCGCAAAUAAGUAAUUUAAAAGACUCAGUAGUGUAAACAUUAUACAUUUAGAAAUUUGUCAGAUUUAUAAUUACUUUUCAAAUUUAAUACUUCUAUAGUCUUUAGAAAAUCUGUUUGUAAAUUGUACCUGAUUAGUAUGAUGCAUUUGGCUAAAAUAAGUAGUUUUCGGAGGAGUAGCGGUGCUAGUCUGUGCAGGAUUAUCAAACAAAAAACUCAAGACAAGACAAAAACCACAAGAGACAAAAAUGUCAUGGCACUUUGAAAACUAAUAUAUUAUAAGGUGUGUUUUCAUGGAUCAAGUCCACUCAGGAAGUGGUCUCAAUCAAGGAAAGCUCACAUUAAAAUAUAAUAGUUUUUAAUCUGCCCAAACAUUGUUGCCACUCU